AUCAGCGUCACUCCCUUUGCCCGCCCUCGGGCUCCUCUGCUGCCCGAUAAAUCGACGAGUCAGUCAGGCACAUUCACUGAGAUCGAUGCCUUCCAUCUCACACUCAAUCUCACUCUCUCAGAACCGCCAGCAGCCUGCACUCCGGAACCGGGCCUUCCUUCUAUCGUAGCUCAAUCUGGCCGGGACAAUGACCCGCCGCACCUCACCCACACGCAUGUCAGUGAGGGUCUCCUGCCACCACUCAGCACAGUCAGACCCACGCCACUCCACCCCACGCUCCUCGACUAUCUUCUCUUGUCCGUAGAAGUCGUCACGCCAGUCGAUGUAGUCGACCUUGACCCACUGGUCACGUGUCGGUUUGGGUCCAUUGCCCGCCGGCGGCCGCACCACUUGGUGAUAGGCGCCAGAGGGGUACAGAGUGGAUCCUUCGUGGCUGCUGUCGUUAUUGGGCGCCAUCGUAGCUGGUGGUGGUGGUGGUGG